AUGAGUGUGGUGAAGAUUACCUCGGCCACACUACCUCGGCCACACCACCUCGGCCACACCACCUCGGCCACACUACCUCGGCCACACUACCUCGGCCACACUACCUCGGCCACACUACCUCGGCCACACUACCUCGGCCACACCACCUCGGCCACACUACCUCGGCCACACUACCUCGGCCACACUACCUCGGCCACACUACCUCGACCACACUACCUCGGCCACACCACCUCGGCCACACUACCUCGGCCACACCACCUCGGCCACACCACCUCGGCCACACCACCUCGGCCACACUACCUCGGCCACACCACCUCGGCCACACCACCUCGGCCACACUACCUCGGCCACACCACCUCGGCCACACUACCUCGGCCACACCACCUCGGCCACACUACCUCGGCCACACUACCUCGGCCACACUACCUCGGCCACACCACCUCGGCCACACUACCUCGGCCACACUACCUCGGCCACACCACCUCGGCCACACUACCUCGGCCACACUACCUCGGCCACACCACCUCGGGCUAUACUCGACCUUCAUCUCGAAGCCGUGUAUAA